AUGCGACUUCGGCCGAAGUCAACACUUAACAUUAACAAAUGCCGUACUACAAUACUGGUCGGCCAAUUUGCUCUUAGCUUUUUGUCUGGCGCUUUUCAUUAUUAUUGUUUGUUUGGUGGCUACGGCGGCGACGGCGGCGCUCGUGAAAAGCCGUUAGAAAAGCGGGAAGCUGAAUUCGUUGGCGUUAUUAAGUCGCGAAUCCAAAAAACGUACGAAAACGCACUUUUAUUUUAAAUAAGAUAUGCGUGUUGUUUUACC